AAAUGAUGACGUGUAAACCCGGAAGAGUUUGUAAACAAACGGUGUUUAGCAAAAGCAGCUUCAAGAUGAGAUUUUAAGAUUAAACAAAGAGAGGAGGAUGUUUCAGGUUAAGAAUAUGGAGGACAAACAGCGGCAGCAGCUCGGAGGGAAUUCGGACUGGAUGUCUCGUCUGCCGGAGGAACUGCUUGACGUCCCGCUGUGGAACUUCGCUCUGCCCGGGAGCCACGACAGCAUGUCCUUCUGCCUGGACGUCUCCUCCCCAGUGCUCGGAUCAGAGCCCGGCCUCCUCAGACUCACCGACCGGUUCUUCCCCUGCUGCACCCGGCGCUGUGUGAACCGCUGGGCCACCACACAGCAGUCCGUCCUCAGUCAUCAGUGCGAUCUUGGGAUUCGUUUCUUCGACCUGCGAAUAGCCAGGAAGCCGAAAGGAGGCAGAAAACUGUUCUUCGCACACGGAAUCUACACACUGAUCACUGUCAAGGAGGCUCUGGAUGAACUCUCCGUCUGGCUCGACGCUCAUCCUAAAGAGGUCGUCAUCGUCUGCUGCUCACAUUUUGAAUCUCUCACCGAUGAAGAUCACGCAGAUCUGGUGAAGUUUAUCAUCUCGCUGUUUGGACGGAAGCUGUGCCCCUCGCAGGAGACUCCCUCUAUGCGCUCCUGUUGGUCCAGAAGUCAGCAGCUUGUCGUUUCCUACGACAACCAGCAGGUGGCGCCGCAGCAUCCUGAGCUGUGGGAUGGGAUACCUUACUGGUACGCUGACAGCUCAGAUCCUGAGAAAGUGAUCGCUUAUCUGGAGGAACAGAAGAGCCGAGGAAGACCAGCUGGUUUCUACGUCUGCGGUCUGAAUCUGACCGAAGACGCUCCGUACGUUUUCCUCCACCCGCUGCAGGACAUGAGGAAGAUGACGAUGAAGGCUCUGUCGCUGCUGCUGCAUUGGACCGGCGAGCAGCGUCCGGGACCGGAGGGGGGCGGAGUCAACGUCGUUUGCUGCGACUUCGUGGGUGACAGCCGCUUCUGCUCGCUGGUCAUCGGCCUCAACUACAAACUCGCCGCUCGGCCACCGGCAUCUUCCUCGGAUGCUGCUGGCUGUUUCCAUAGCAACCGACCUGAUAUCUCACAUCCAGCAUAGUCUGAGAAGCUUUUUUUAUCCUCAAAAAGUGUUAAAUAAUUGUUAUUUUAUGUCUUAUUCUGUUUACAGACUUCUUUAUUUUCACAUCACCUGCUUUUUCCUUUACAUUAGUAGUAUUAUACUAUGACCAGCAUGUGUAUAUUAUGACAUAGUUUGAAUAUUAUUUUUCAUAUCUGCCUGCAUUACAGCUGCAGAUGCUGACAGAGCUGCCUUUUUAUGACACUUUUUCACAAAUAUUUGCACAAAUAACCAACUUAGCAUCACAUAUCAUAGAGUAUAUUUUGUUUAAAGCUUUACAAAUGUCAAUUUUCUGUUUUGUUUUCAUGUAUUCUACUUUUUUCAUGAUUCAAAUAGCUCUUCAUUUAUUUUUUACCUCUUAACUUACCUUCACAUUUGAAUUUCCUCUCAGGGAUCAUCAGUGAGUGUUAUUCACCUCUUCACUGACACAUUUCAAUAAUUACAAGUGUUUACUGUGAAAUUACUGUCAUAAAUGGGACAUAAAUAA